AUGAGGCGUAAAUACUUAUCUAAUAAUAAAUGCUUUUGUAAUUUCUUAGUUCAAAAUCUACUCUCAAUAAGUUACAGCAAUGGGCUGAUAUAUUACAAGGCAAGUUUUGUGCUUUGGGGCGCAUCUCGCAUGGCGAAACUAGAUAUCUUGUUUCUUCAGCUGUAUUCAAUGACAGGCCAUGAUGUCGUUUCACAGUUAUUGCAGCUUACAGAAGACAACUUAAAUGAGUACAUAUUUGAAUUGUAUUCCGAAAACUCUCCCUUGAAUAACUUGGGAUUCAUCAACAAAGGUUCAGAUAAAGUCACAAUUUCAAUACCUGAGAGUAACAUUGAUCUCAAUGUGAGACAAUCAAUUUCCCAAUUGUCAUCUAAACAAACAACAAGCACUACAGGAUACAUAUGCUGGAACACUUCAAUACAUGUGGUUGAUUGGCUACUAUCACCGUUGUGCCCAUUCAAGUUAUUCAAAUCACACGUGGUUUUGGAAUUGGGAUCUGGUGUAGGUGGUAUCUGUGCAUCCACCUUGCUGAAGCUUGUUGGACACUUCAUUGCAACUGAUCAGAAGCAUAUUUUGAAACUUUUGAAGGAAAAUAUAACGGACAAUGUGUUGAAUUACAAAAGUUCUACCCUACCGAGUACCUCUCAGAAUCUGAACGUCACCAUUGACGUGAUAGAGUUUGAUUGGGAGGAGCUCCAUGUUGGAUGUUUUAAUCUCGACAGUUUGAAAGUGCAGCUAGUGGAUGUGAUACUUGCAUGUGACACAAUCUACAACGAGUACUUGAUUGGGCCAUUUAUUAAUACCCUCAAAAAGCUUUUACAUGCAAACGCUUACGCUUUAGUAGCGAUUCAGUUGAGAGAUGCGGUGACGAUUGAACGGUUUGUUACAGAAUUGGUACAGUCAGAGGGACUAAGCGCAUACGUAGUACCCCCAAACUUGUUAACGCGUGGACUUAAACUGGGAUACCAAAUUUACUACGUUACGAAAAUAUAA